AUGGCAGCCUCCGACGAAUUGGUCGAUUUCGAUAUCAUCGAAGCACAAAAGGAAAACGUCCAAUCACUGCCCGGUGGCCGAUCAGCCAGAGAACUCGCCCGGAUAUUUUCAGCUGGUAGUAACGGCGACAAGAUUCCCUCGCCAUCGCCAAACGGCACCAGAACCAUCAACGAUGCUGUGCGCCAAGAAUUCGAAAGUGAAUUGCAGUCGAUAGGAGAAUCGGACGAUCCGCUCGAUGUUUAUGACCGUUAUGUCAAAUGGACCCUGAACGCAUAUCCGUCCGCACAAGCGACCGCAGAAUCCGGUCUUCUCCCCUUAUUGGAGCGGGCAACGAAGUCAUUCCUUUCAUCCUCACACUACAGAAAUGACCCUCGGUAUCUACGAUUAUGGCUUCAUUAUGUUCGACUCUUCUCCGAUGCCCCGCGCGAAGCUUUUGCAUUCCUUGCACGUCAUAAAAUCGGUGAAAGUCUGGCUCUUUUCUAUGAGGAAUUUGCCGGGUGGCUAGAGGGUGCUGGUCGAUGGUCACAGGCCGAUGAGGUGUACAGGCUCGGUAUCGACCGUGAGGCGCGACCCGUUGAAAGAUUGGCCCGGAAGUACAGCGAGUUUCAAUCCCGAUACGACCAGCGUCCACAAGAUACCGGGCCGUCGUCGCCUGCUUUGCCCACUGUCCGUCCCGCGCUGGCCGCCAAGAUGAACCCGUUCGCGCCAUCAGAUGCCUCUGCUGACCCACAAGCUUCACGGCCCUCGCCUCAGACGGGCGGUGCCGCGAAAACCAAGUCUGGAAAGCCAAAGAUGGCUAUCUUUUCAGAUGCUGACUCUGCUGCACCGGGUCCCGCAACUGGUGGAUCGACAAAGGGAUGGGAAAGCAUUGGAUCGAUUCGGGACCGUAAGAAGGAGAACGAAGUGGAGGCGAAGCCAUGGGCAGGAGAAACGUUGAAGGUUGCGAAGAAAGCAGCGCCAACACAAAAGAUGGCUAUCUUCAGGGACGAGUCCAAUCCAGAUCUUCCUUCCAAAAAACCAAUGCCACCCAAAGAAGUACCCGAACAUCACGUAAGGGAAGCGAUUAACCCGCGCACCGGCCGACGCGAACGUGUAUUUGUCGACCUGGAAUCUGUAUAUCCUGACCGCACUAACCCUGCACUUGAGAUGAGUUUUGAAGAACUCAGGGCUAUCAAGCGUGGUUGGAUGGGCAAGAAUUGGCGGCAACAAAAAGAGCCCUUGCAACAGAUCUCCGGGAACGCAGGCAGUACCGAGUCCCUGCCAAGAAAUUCCCAUUCACCAGAGGAAUCGCCGGAACAUUUAGACCAAAAUCUUGUCGCAGCUAAUCAUGUUCAAUCCAAAUAUCAAGACGAGAGCCAUGGAGGCAAAACUGGCAAAGCGAGUCGCACCAAGAUCAAAGGGGAAACACAAACACAAACAGUCAAAAUGAAGUUUGACUCCCCGUCCAAUAAUAAAAAGGUUCGGCGAAAGAGUACUCGGGAACCGACAAUGACCAUGCACACUCGUGCAGCGACGGAUGAGAUCUAUAGCAUUUUCAAUCAGCCAUUGAAGGCAGAGACUGAAGAAGAAGCAGAUAGCUUCUGCGGUAGCGAUUACGAAGAUGACGACUGCGACGGAGAUAGUACAGGCACAGGGCACAUUUCAGCGGCCUCCAGCGACUUUGGAGACGAGGAGACUCAAACAUUCCACAAAUCUUACGAUGAUACCGACUAUGCCAACACCACACGAGCUGAGAGCGUCGAUGGCGAUGGCAGCGAUUGGACAGAGUUCAACCCAGAUCGUGAUAUCCCGGAUAUUGAAAAUGCGGAAGUCACCUUACAAUCCGCCGUUAGUGAUGGAGCGGAAGGUAGCUCCACACAAGGAACACCGGAGAGGAAAGGAUUCGUACCGGAAAUGCCAGAGGACUAUGCUCCGCCAUGGGGAACCUACCGUGACCCUGCGAUCAUGGCCCAGAACCGCCUUCCCUUCAUGACACCUAUCGUGGAGCGAACGGAAUCCAUUCCUUCUUUAACAACCGCUCGAAAGAGUAUUUAUAACACGAAAACGCCCUCGAAGCCUCGAUCACCAGCCAGUAACUUUUUGCUUUCCAGUCCACUGGGGGCAAAUACGCCAUACGGAGAUCAUACUGUUGAGUCUGCAGCUGAUGUACCAUUCAGUCCCAUGGCCUUCAAGGCCCUCGCGCCCAAGCUCCGGAGACGAGAACCGAUAAUUAGGGAUGCGCAGUGCAAUCCGACUGACAAGGGCAUUCGCAACACGAUUCUCAAUUCCCUGGAAAAGCCACUUGCGACGGCGGAACGAAGCUACAUUAUUAGACGUGAGCUAGGAGCCGGUGCAUAUGCCCCCGUCUAUCUCGCCGAGAGUGUCGACAGUCUUGAAUCUUAUGACUCGGACUCCGAUGAUGGCAGAAGCCCUAACGGCAAGACUUCCCAAUUGCGAAAGCCGAACGCUUAUGAGACUCCCCGAUUCCCCUUCGAAGCAGUCAAGGUCGAAAAUGGACCAUCAAGCGCGUGGGAGUUUUACAUGAUUCGCACAGCAUAUAGCCGCCUACGACAAUCUACGGAUCAUUCUCGCGCCACCGACAGCAUUGUUCGCGCACACGAAUUGCAUGUCCAUCAACGUGAAAGUUUCCUAGUAGAGGACUAUCGAGGACAAGGCACCAUACUCGACCUCGUCAACAUCGUCCGCAACGAAACCAUCAAUCCCAACCAUGCUUCUGAAGGCGGCCUUGAGGAGGUCCUAGCAAUGUUCUUCUCCGUCGAGCUAUUCCGCACCGUCGAAGCACUCCACGCCAACGGCGUCCUGCACGGUGACAUCAAAGCCGACAACUGCCUCGUCCGCCUAGACGACCACAAUCCAAAUGAGCCACCCUCCAAGGCCCUCUCCCUGCUCGACCUCGGUGCCGAUGAAACCGCCUUCGAUCCCCGCGAAAGCAUCCACUACUCCCCAAGCGGCUCCUACGGCUGGCAACAAAAGGGCCUAGCCCUGAUCGACUUCGGCCGCAGCAUCGACAUGCAAGCCUUCUCGCCAGGCGUGCAAUUCAUCGCCGACUGGGAAACUGGUACGCAUGAGUGCAACGAGAUCCGCGAGAUGCGCCCCUGGACCCACCAUAUCGAUCUGUACGGUAUUGCCGGCGUGAUUCAUGUCCUGUUAUUCGGCAAAUACAUCGAAUCUACCGCCACCGACGGCAACAGCGGCAAUCCAUCAUCCCGCACCUAUCGCAUCCGCGAAUCUCUGAAACGAUACUGGGACCGUGAACUCUGGGCUGGUAUAUUUGAUCUCUUGCUGAACCCCGGCGCUGAGCGCUGGCAGCGCAUCGAGCGCGAGAACGGAGUCGAUGCGGGUUCGUCGUCCGCGCCUAUUCUGCCCGUCUUGCAUUCCAUGCGGUAUGUUCGUCACGGCAUGGAGGAGUGGCUCCUCGCCAAUGCCGAGAAGAAGGGUCUUGCUCUUCAGAUUCGGAAGAUUGAGGCUUUGCUUGCUGAGCGAAAGAAGAAACUGGAGAAGUGA